AUGGAACUUCACGUGGCUACUCACACUGGGGAGACCCUUUGCCUGCCCCAACUGCCCUUCAGAGCUGUCCAUAGCGCAACCUCAAGACCCACAUUCGGACCCACACGGAGAGAAAAGCCCUUUGCCUGCCUUACUGCCCGUACUCCGCCGCGCAAAAGGAAAGUUGAAGCGCACAUCCGCACUCACACCGGGGAGAAGCCCUUUGCCUGUGAAUACUGUCCUUACCGCUCGACCGCGGAAGGACCACCUCAAGUCCCACGUGAGGCUGAGGCAUUCCCAAAGGAUCAACCCCCCCGGCGUGAAGGAUGGAAGGACUCUAGUGGGAACCCUGGAAGCCAUGCUGAGAUUUUUGUGAUAGAGAUUGAUAUUGAGGAUUUAGAUGAACAGAAACGGGAAGUUGAUGAACAGGUUUGUACUUUUGUCUGCAGGACAGGGGUUCGACUGAGAGCAGCAUGCCUUGGCUUAGUCUACAAGAAGCUUAUGAGAAUGUCCAGUCUUGGGAAUAAAAGCAUAGGAGAAGUGAUAAAUCUAUUUGCUAAUGAUGCUCAGCGUAUAUAUGACUUUGUUGUGUUGGGUCCUCUUAUUAUUGGAGGACCUGUUGUGGCAAUUGGAGGGGUCAUUUACAUCUUGUGGCUGUUAGGACCCUGGGCAUUGUUUGGAAUGUUGACCUUCCUGCUCUUCUAUCCUUUUCAGUAUGGCAUUUCUCGUUUGACUGGUUACCUACGCCGCCGCACAGUAACAGUCACUGAUGAGCGAGUUCGAAUGAUGAAUGAAUUGUUGACAUGUGUCAAGCUUAUCAAAAUGUAUGCGUGGGAGAAGAGUUUUGCUUCUAGUAUUACAGAGAUACGAAAACGUGAGAGACAUCUGCUGGAAAAGUCAGCCUAUGUUCAGAGCAUCAGUUUGGCCAUGGCUCCCACAGUGCCCGUGAUUGCAGCCAUUGUUACCUUUCUGGCUCACAUUGGUGCUGGAUAUAACCUUUACAGCUGCGCAGGCAUGGUCCUUCUCAGGGCUUUCUGGCCAAAUUCACUUUGGAAUGGACUGUAUCACAUAUUGUCUAGUCUCUAUACGGGAAGGACAGAUCUCACUAGAGCGAUGCAAGGUAUGCUGUUUGUCAUAGUUAUUUUGUGGCGGAGUGUAUUGCUGCUUCCUAUGUCUUGUUAUUGUAAUGGGGGAAAAACAACUAAUGGCUCUGGUGUUUAGAAUGUUUGCUUGGAAUAUAUAGCUUUUAUAUGGUGAUAAGUCAGUUCAACUUUUUUUGGGGGGGAGAAAUGUGAAAAAAAUGUGUAUGUUCAUGUGUGUAUGUGAGUGUAAGUAUGUUUAUGUUUCACAAGCACCCGAGGGUAAAUUUUAUGAAUUCAUAAAUCUUCAGGUUUACCCUCAAUACUUUUGGUUGUGCAGGGCUCUCCAUGUGGUGAUCCAUCAUGUGUUCUUUUGCUCUAGGCUGCUGUCACUGCAUUGUGGAAAACAGAACAAUGGGACUCAACUUUGCUUACACCAUACUACACAUCUCAAAGAUUAGUGUGGGAUACAACAGAUCAGUGUAAUGAUAUCUCAGUCAAGGGGUUAUGAUGAUGUGAAAUGUUAUCUUAAAAAAGUAACAAAAGACUAAAACAGGGAAAACAAGAGUCAAGUUCUAAAGAAACAAAAGUAGUUAUUUGUGAUUAAUUAGGGUUGAUUAGUCUAUAGAUUUUAACAAAGAUGGGAAUAAGAGUGUAUUUAUAGCAUUGAGGUAUACAAAAGAUUCACUUCCUUAAA